UAACGCCAUUAUUCAGAUAAUUCAGUAACAUUUCUGACCUCAUUAGAACAACACAAAGCUGCUCGCAUCCUUUUUUCGAUCACAAUGCAAAAGUUCUACAUUUUGACAAUAGUUGCGGCCUUAGUCACACUGGCAGUGUGUCAAUUGCCAGCGGACUUAGAGAAAUUCCACAAAGCUUGCUUGGACGAAGCCAAAGUCACGGAUGAGCAGAUGAGGCAAUUCUUUCAAAACGGCAUGAAAGCUAGUGAUGCCACCGAGAAUAUAAAGUGUCAAAUGAAAUGUAUGAUGCAAAAGCAGGGUAUAUGGAAGGAUGGCGUUUUUGAUAGUGAUGCCAAAAUUAAGGAAUUAGUGCAAAAUCCAAAAUUUAAAGCAACGGAAGCGGACCUAACGAAAGCUAUAAAUAAUUGCAAGAAUGAGAAAGGCGCAAAUGAAUGUGAUACAGUCUUUAAGAUUAGCAUGUGUAUCAAGGAAUUUUUGACACAGAAUAAUCUCUAAGAUUUACGUGCAACGUGCUUUGUUUAUUUUCUCUACACUGGAUUGUUGGUCAAUAAUUUUAAGUAACUUUGGUAUAAAUAUUUGUACAUACAUACAUAUUUCGAUGUUUUCGACGUUUACAUGUGUUAGUUAUUUGGUAUAAGGGAUUAAAAAAUGUUUAAUUGU